CUCUCGGCCCUCACUUCCGCCGGAAGCGACUUCCAUCCACAGUUGUCCUUUGCUUACCGCACGCGCCGCCGCCAGUGCCCGGUACACACUAGUCCGGGCAUCAGUACGACCACAAUGGCGGCCUCGACGGUGCUGCGCGCGACGCCCCUCUUCAGCGGUCUCGGCGCCGGCCCGAUCCCACUGCUGAAGGGCCUUUUGCGGCCGCUGAAGGGCCCGGCAUUGCCCCUCUUGUGCCGCGGCCUGGCUGUGGAGGCCAAGAAGAUCUAUGUGCGCGACAAGCCCCAUGUAAACGUGGGUACCAUUGGCCAUGUAGACCACGGCAAGACCACACUGACCGCGGCCAUCACGAAAAUUUUAGCCGAGGGAGGUGGGGCCAAAUUUAAGAAAUACGAGGAGAUUGACAACGCCCCGGAGGAGCGAGCCCGAGGUAUCACAAUCAAUGCCGCCCAUGUGGAGUACAGCACCGCUGCGCGCCACUACGCCCACACUGACUGUCCCGGUCAUGCAGACUACGUUAAGAAUAUGAUCACAGGCACAGCCCCCCUCGACGGCUGUAUCCUGGUGGUGGCAGCCAACGAUGGCCCCAUGCCCCAGACCCGAGAACACUUAUUACUGGCCAAACAGGUUGGCGUAGAGCAUGUGGUGGUGUAUGUGAACAAGGCGGAUGCUGUGCAGGACUCUGAGAUGGUGGAGCUGGUGGAGCUGGAGAUCAGGGAACUGCUCACUGAGUUGGGCUACAAAGGGGAGGAGACUCCGAUCAUCGUUGGCUCUGCCCUCUGUGCCCUUGAGCAACGUGACCCUGAGCUAGGCCUGAAGUCUGUGCAGAAGCUGCUGGAUGCUGUGGACACUCACAUCACAGUGCCCACCCGGGACCUGGAGAAGCCUUUCCUGCUGCCUAUAGAGUCAGUGUACUCUAUCCCCGGCCGGGGCACGGUGGUGACAGGCACACUAGAGCGUGGCAUUUUGAAGAGGGGAGAUGAGUGUGAGUUCCUGGGACAUAGCAAGAAUAUUCGCAGUGUGGUGACAGGAAUCGAGAUGUUCCACAAGAGCCUGGAGAGGGCAGAGGCAGGCGACAACCUUGGGGCCCUGGUCCGCGGCUUGAAGCGGGAGGACCUGAGGCGUGGCCUGGUCAUGGCCAAGCCAGGUUCCAUCCAGCCCCACCAGAAGGUGGAGGCACAGGUGUACAUUCUCAGUAAGGAGGAGGGUGGCCGCCACAAGCCCUUUGUAUCCCACUUCAUGCCUGUCAUGUUCUCCCUGACUUGGGACAUGGCCUGUCGGGUUGUCCUGCCUCCAGGGAAGGAGCUUGCCAUGCCCGGGGAGGACCUGAAGCUCACCCUAAUCCUGCGGCAGCCAAUGAUCUUAGAAAAAGGCCACCGUUUCACCCUGCGAGAUGGCAACCGGACCAUCGGCACUGGCCUCGUCACUGACACGCCAGCCAUGACCGAGGCGGACAAGAACAUCAAGUGGAGCUGAGUCUGGACCUCUGCUGGGGCUGUCUUGUGUGGCUGCCCUGGCCAGUGUUCUUUCCUGCCUCUCGUGCCCCCUUCUCAGGGCAGAGGCUGCAGCCCAGCCGAGUUGCGGCUAGACUGACACUUCCCCUGGCCAGAGGGCCACGUGGCCGGCCAGGUGAGGUAGGUCAAUAAACUGUUCUGUGAAUAGAAAGCUA